AAAUCGAACACUAAAACUUCUUCAAGAUUUCACGUUUCCGGCGACCGAUCCCGGAGCAAUUUCCGUUAAAUCUCACCACAACACGUUCGCAUACACACACAUCGUAAUGAAUUUCAUCUUUCCGAUUCUAAUUUCAACAUAACCUUUUGCUUUUGCACUGUCACUAAUUUGUAAAUUAGGGUUUAUUAGGGUUUCGUCAUCAAACUAGAAUGGGUCGUUCACGAGCAGUCAAUCACUCUACAGAGGAGGAUUCCAAUCAAAGCCGAUCAAAGAGAAAGCGAACUACCUCAAAUUUAGAGAAUCUAGAGGCUGCAACUUCAGGCCAAGGGAUGAGUGAAGGGAAGAAAGCUUUGUACCAUUGUAACUACUGCAACAAGGACAUAUCGGGAAAGAUACGUAUCAAGUGUGCUUGCUGUUCUGACUUUGAUCUUUGUGUUGAGUGUUUUUCCGUUGGAGCCGAGGUUUAUCCUCAUAAAAGCAAUCAUCCGUAUAGGGUUAUGGAUAAUCUGUCGUUUCCACUCUUCUGUUCUGAUUGGAAUGCAGAUGAGGAGAUAUUGCUACUUGAGGGGAUAGAAAUGUACGGUCUGGCAAACUGGAAUGAGGUUGCAGAACAUGUUGGAACCAAAAGCAAAUCACAAUGUAUUGAACAUUAUAACACCAUAUACAUGAAUUCACCUUGCUUUCCACUUCCGGACAUGUCACAUGUUAUGGGAAAGAAUAGAGAAGAACUUCUUGCAAUGGCCCGAGGAGGUGAAGUUGCCAAAGGACACCAAACCGGAGGGGAACUUUCUGUGAAAGAGGAAUCUCCGUUUUCUGCCAGAAUAAAGGUUGAAGAUAUAAGAAAAGAAAAUUCAGCAGGUCGGCCCUUGUCUGGUUCGGUUGGAGGUUCUAGCAUUGUUAAUGCAUCAACAGGGGCAGGUAAGAGAACAUCAAGCAUUAUCCCAAGCGACAAAAGCGGUGACGGAAUUAAAAUAGAAGUCCCAGAUUCUCACACAGACCGCAGUUUCGGAGAAAAAAAGCUGAGGACAUCAGUAGAAGAGGGGCCUUCAAUGACGGAAUUGAGCGGAUAUAACUUCAAGAGGCAAGAAUUUGAAGUCGAAUACGACAAUGACGCUGAACAGUUGCUAGCAGACAUGGAAUUUAAAGAAACCGAUACGGAUCCUGAACGUGAACUUAAACUGCGUGUCUUGCGUAUAUACUCAAAAAGGCUAGAUGAGAGGAAACGCAGAAAAGACUUUAUUCUAGAAAGGAACUUACUUUACGGAGACCCGUUCGAGCAGGGCCUUUCCCCUGAAGAAAAAGAAAUAUGCCGCCGAUAUAGGGUGUUCAUGCGGUUCCAUACAAAAGAGGAACACGAGGAGUUGCUGAAAACCAUCAUUGAAGAACACAGGAUUCGAAAACGAAUAGAGGAUUUGCAGGAAGCUCGAGCUGCCGGUUGUAGGGGAUCGGCAGAUGCCGAAAGAUACAUCGAACAAAAGAGAAAGAGAGAAGCUGAAGAAAAGGCACGCGGGUUGAAGGAUAACGUGCUGCCGGGUCCUAGCGGUAAAUUCUUGCAACGAGCCAAUCAUCUGAAAGGGGACGUUGAUACUGGUGGAAAAGACUCUUCCGCCCCUGGAGGUCUAGCUAUAGCCAGUUUGGAUGAUUGGGAUGUAAGCGGACAUUUGGGUGCUGAGUUACUUUCAGAAGCUGAGAAACGGUUGUGCUCGGAGAUGAAGGUUCUUCCUACACAUUAUCUGGGCAUGCUAGAGAAACUUACGAUAGAGGUUUUGAAUGGUCACAUAGCUCAAAAGUCUGAUGCACACCGUCUGUUUAAUGUCGAUCCAAACAAGGUGGAUAGAGUGUAUGACAUGCUUUUAAAGAAAGGAAUCGGUCAACCAUGAACCGGUUGACCAUGCCGGCGGGUAUGUGCUUGCAAUCUAUAAUCUAUUAGUUGACUGUUUGAUGCAGUGGAAACACCUUCUGAACCUCUAAUUAUUAGUUAAAUCACUUGGUUGUAAGUAAUAUAAAGUGUAGACAUGUUGGUGAGUUUAAAACAUUUUUAAUAAUAUGCACAAUAGUUUUGUCCAGGUCAUUUGGACCAAAUAAAACCAAAGGGAAAAGCUUGGUAAUGA